GACUUCCAAAUAUGGACAUGCGAGGUAUAAAACAUUGGUAUUAGAAGACUGUCUUGUGUUCGCUCCUGCUUUUCACCGUGGGGAGAACGUUGUUGGUCAUUCUGAAAAUUGCACGGUCUCGAGCAAGACAUUGUAACAGCAGGUUCUUGUGGCAUUCCUCCCCUGUAUGUGCGCUAGCUGACAGGGGUGUACCAUAAAUCUAGUCCGGUGUACAGCACCGUUUAUAUUUCUACUUGCGGACACUACACGGUCACACCAAACAGACAGACUGUGGCCGUGGCGACUGGGAACGUUCGAUCACAAGGUUUCCUAUCCAUCUACUAACUACACUGAUGUGGGUGUAGUAGUCUGGGUGAGUGACAAGACCAUUGAAAAGAAACAGACAAUAUGAGUAGUACCAAAAGGAAAGCAGAAGGGCACUCUAGGAACAUGGGUAAACUACGAGCCAUGAAGUCUGGAAGCUCCAGAACAGACUCAGAGAGAGACUCUGGCUUCUCAGAUGCCAGCACCAUAGACCCGACAGAUUCUGAGGGCUCAUCGCACUCUGUGUCCAAGAGAGAAGUUCAGCGCCCUGGAUCAGUGUUGGGGGCACAGUCCUCACAGCUAGCUGUGGUGGGGGGGUCCUACUCCAACAUGCCCCCCAUGAUCAUCCAGCAGCCUCAGGUGGUCUUCCUACAACCUGUGGUCUCCCACUGCACCACCUCCAACCCCAAGGAGGCUUCCUCUAAACACCGGCGCCCAAAAAAGUUUCUUCCCAUCCUCAGGUCCUACCCCAAGAUUGCCCCUCACCCUGGGGACAGCUCGAGUUCCUCUGGGAGAGGAAGAUCUUGUUCUUCCUCGUCGGGGUCAGAGAGAAGCGGUUUGUCCUCCAGCCACCGGGAGCGCCAUCUCAGCCACAGAGAAAAACAGCAGAAGCAGCAGUCUGGUAGUUCUAGCUCUAAUUCUUCUGGUUCCAGCACCCUCAGCUUCCCUCCUCCAACUAGCUCUCUGUCCCCCUCUCCCCAGCGCAGGCUCGCCCUCACCCUCUCCCUCACAGACUCCAGUGCCUGUAGCAGCCCUGCUAGACCCUCCCCCGCCGUCAGUAGAUCAGAGUACACCCCUGCCCCGUCCUUGACCGUAACUCCUUCUCACACCCUCAACUUUGGGCACCCUGAGAAACUCAAGUCCCAGCCUCUUUCCCUCCCAAAUCAAGCCACCACAACCGACAACGGCGAUGGAGAUGACCACGACAUCAAGCGUAAGCGCUUCUGCAACACGUACAACAUCCUGUCCAAGUCUGGCCUGCUGGACAUCACCCUAAGAACCAAGGACCUGCUCCGUCAGAACCGCAGGACCCAGGGAGACCUGGACCGGCUCAAGGAGCACACCAACCUCUUCCUGCAGGCCCUGCAGACCGGAGACACCAGCAUAUGGCGCAAGCUGCAAACCAGCCUCCAGGAAGAAGAGAAAGAGACCGAAGAGAAAGGGAAGGGCAGUGGGCAGCAGAGCAUCUUAAAGGCAGAUACAGAUUAGACCUGGACUAAGUAAAAGCAGGGUUUCAUCUGUUAGAUUGGGACUGAGUUGAGGUGGGGGAGGCUGGGACUUGGGCUGACUGAGGAAGCUGGACCGACAGUAAUGUGCCCACAAUGAUCACACAAACAGACAGUUACUCUGUCCCUGUCUCCCUGCACUGGUGCCUGGUUCAGCUACCCUAAACAAGGCCAGGCAAACUCCCUCUACACACUAGCCUGCCUGCUUUACCCUAAUCCAGGCCAGGCAUAUUCCUGGUAAACACUGUAGCCUGCCUGCCUUACCCCCCAAAUCAGGCCAGGAUGGAUGGGAGGCUUCUGUAUGAUAAACCACCUUCUUGCUGCUUAGAAGAAGUCUUGUUGUGCUCUGAGUAUCUCUGAGAUAAGCCCUAAGGGACUUUUUUACUGGAAGCUGAAAGUGCCCACCACUUGACACUUAUAGCCGUCAUCGUGAUGAGUAAAAUAGGCCUAUAUUGAAGAAGGCUUGCAUGGUAUAGUUUGUAAGAGUGCUGGGUACCUGAAUUAAACCCAACAAAACCACACAUUUUUCAUGAAAAUAUAUGGUGUUAAUUUAGGCUCAAACAAAUAUGUUUAGUGAUAUGUUUUACAACGCCCACUGGGCACACACUGGUUGAAUCGAGGUUGUUUAAAUUACGUGGAGCCAAUGUGGAGUAGACGUUGAAUUGACGUCUGUGCCCAGUGUGUAGCCACUUAUACAGUAGGUUUCCACUGGAGCACGUGUGAGGGGAACGGAAAGCAAGCAGCACAGAAUUAUUUUUUUCCUUCGUGAAUUCAUGGACUAAAGACAGUGAUUUACAUAGACUCCUUUAGGACUAGUGAGGAUACUGUUCAUCAAAGCAUAUUUUUGUUUAUACAACAAAGACUAAUGAAAGUCCCUCAAAUGGAAGAUGGGCUGAAAUCUUUUUGUCAUAACGUUUUUUGUAAGAGAAUUGUCAAGGCUUUAUCCAAAAGCAGAAUUUUAUUUAAAGCAUUUUAUUGUAUUUGCAUUCAAAUAAUUAGCAGGUAGUUCCAAAGGAAUUUCUAAGGAGUGUUGCUUCUUUUCUCCAAGGCAGAAAUGAAGAUUAAUUUGAGAACAUCGAACCUGCAUAGCAUAUUUUUUUGGCAAAAGGGAGGAUUUUUAUUGAUAGUUUCAAUCGCUGUCCUUUUAGACAAUGUUCAUUUAAGUAUAAAUAAAAGCAUGUUUACUGUGCUGAACCAAGCGCUUAUAACAUGAAUGCCUUGAAAUAAAUAAAAAAUGGUGUGGGAAGUUACUCCCAAUUAAGACGAAGUUGGCACUACUUAUCAUAAGAUUAAGUUAUUUUUUAUCUGUUAUUUUUUUUAAUCUGUUAUUCUUUGUGUUUUGUAAUAGAUACACCAACAUACAGCAUCUCUCUCCAAUGUUUGGUCAUUCAUGGCCUUAUGUAGACAAUUGAUUAUGUGGUGUCAAGGACAAAAACAAAUUAGUUCUCUAUACGAUGACAGACUCUCAGACAUACCUUCGUGCCACAUCUUGACAUUUUGUCCUGCAAAGCAUCUUUAAUGGUUUGUGUGCCUCAGAGUUGUUACAAAUACAACGAAUGUGAUAUCAUUUGCUCAUUUGCUAGAUGUUAUCUUGUGUAAAUACUAGUAAUAGGCCUCAGGUCAGCCAUUUUAAAAUGUGAGCUUCCUGAAUUUGUCAUCUUUAAGAACUGAAUAAGACAUGAAUUUGCUUGUUACCACAGUUUGAAUAGGUGAAGAGUGUAAAUGUUUGCUAUUGUUGAUUGGAUACAUAUUUUGAAACUUGACUCAAAUUGGGAGUCUUGUAUUUAAAUGUUGGCAGCUUUUUUUGUAUCAUUUUACUCUGCCUUCUUAUCGCAAAGACAUCAAUUAAUUGUGAUUGUAUUUCUCAAUGUUUCAGUAGCACAUUGGUAAUAGCUUGUGAUUGAUGACAAAUGGUCCAUAGCCCUAACAUGUAAUUAUGUACCAAUAUUUUUCUAUUACUAUAAAUUAUACAAUACCAUAAAUUAUACAAUACCAGUCAAAAGUUUGGACACACCUACUCAUUCAAGGGUUUUUCUUUAUUUGACUAUUUUCUACAUUGUGGAAUAAUAGUGAAGACAUUACAACUGAAAUAACACAUUCAAUCAUGUAGUAACCAACAAAAAUAUUUGAGAUUUGUUAAAGUCGCCACACUUUGCCUUGGUAACAGCUUUGCACAGUCUUGGCAUUCUCUCAAGCAGCUUCAUGAGGUAGUCACCUGGAAUUAAUUUCAAUGAACAGGUGUGCCUUGUUAAAAGUUAAUUUGUGGAAUUUCUUUCCUUCUUAAUGUGUUUGAGCCAAUCAGUUUGUUUUGUGACAUGAUAUGGGUGGUAUACAGAAGAUAUUUGGUAAAAUACCAAGUCCAUAUUAUGGUAAGCAAAGAGAGCUCAUUAGAGUUACCAAUCUCAGAAAUUGCAGCCUAAAUAAAUGCUUCACAGAGUUCAAGUAAUAGACACAUCUCAAUAUCAACUGUUCAGAGGAGACUGCGUGACUCAGGCCUUCAUGGUCGAAUUGCUGCAAAGAAACCACUACUAAAGGACACCAAUAAUAAUAAGAGACUUGCUUGGGCCAAGAAACACAAGCAAUGGACAUUAGACCGGUGGAAAUCUGUCCUUUGGUCAGAUGAGUCCAAAUGUAAGAUUUUUGUUUCCUACCUCCGUGCCUUUGUGAGACCCAGAUAGGUGACCAGAUUAUUUCUGCAUGUGUGGUUCCCACCGUGAAGCAUGGAGGAGGAGGUGUGAUGGUGUUUUGCUGGUGACACUUGAUUUAUUUAGAAUUCAAGGCACACUCAACCAGCAUGGCUACCACAGAAUGUUGCAGCGAUACGCCAUCCCAUCUGGUUUGAGCUUAGUGGGAUUUGAUUUUCAACAGGACAAUGACUCAACACACCUCCAGGCUGUUUAAGGGCUAUUUGACCAAGAAGGAGAGUUAUGGAGUGCUGCAUCAGAUGACCUGGCCUCCACAAUCACCCAACCUCAACCCAAUUGAGAUGGUUUGGGAUGAGUUGAACCGCAGUGGUGGAAAAGCAGCAAACAAGUGCUCCGCAUAUGUGGGAACUCCUUCAAGACUGUUGGAAAAGCAUUCCUCAUGAAGCUGGUUGAAAGAAUGCCAAGAGUGCAAAGCUGUCAUCAAGGCAAAGGUUGGCUACUUUGAAGAAUCUAAAAUAUAUUUUGAUUUGUUUAACACUUUUUUGGUUACUACAUGAUUCAAAUAGUUCUUUCAUAGUUUUGAUGUCUUCACUAUUAUUCUACAAUGUAGAAAAUAGUCAAGUUAAAGAAAAACCCUUGAAUGAGUAGGUGUGUCCAAACUUUUGACUGGUACUGUACAUUUUCUAAAAGGAUGGACCUUGAAAACACUCUUUUUGCAGCUAAGCAAAUCAGAGCAUCCUUCAGUUUGAACGAUGAUCAGUAAAUGCAUUAUCUUGUGUUUUUGUUGCUGAAGAUAACAUUUUUGUACUUUUUUUAAGAUGCAUUGCUUGCUUAAUAAACUUUAUUUCAAGGAACAUGA